GAGUCACUUGGGAGUUUUAGGGUCGCGUGUUAGUUUUGUUGGAGCGGGGUGCGAGCUCCUUGCUACUGGACGAGAGAGCUGGCAGAUGUCCCAAGCGAGAGAAGCUCUCCCUGCAGGGCCUGGAGGGCCGGGGCGAGCUCCGGCUGGGAGCAGCGCUUUGAUCUGCCGCCCCCGGGAAAAAUCUGACCAAGAGAACGCUGCCGUAGGAGAUAAAGACGUAAUACAGCCUUCCAAUAAGCAGAGUACCCAACCGGAGAUACAGGAGCAGGCUGCCUGGGGAAAUCCCACUGAUGGUGACCUCGUCAGAACACAACCUCAACGUUUGCCUCAGCCAAAUACUUCAGCACUGGAAAGGGGUGAGGAAGAAACUGGCAAGAUACAAAAUGGUCACGCRGGUCUGAGCAAUGGCAGUGGCAUCCACAGUGGGGCCAAGCACAUGCCGGYGGACAGCAGAAAACUUUCAGCUCCCGUUUCAGAAAAAAUGCACAGGAAAAUCCAGUCCACCUUGUCUGUCAACAGUGACAGCAGCAAGAAGAGCAAAAUAAGCUCUGCGUUUUCUCAAAAGCCGGGUACUUCACCUGAAGAUUGCUGCGUUCACUGCAUCCUGGCUUGCUUGUUCUGUGAAUUUCUCACCCUCUGCAACAUAGUUCUGGGACAAGCAUCCUGCGGCAUCUGCACGUCGGAGGCCUGCUGCUGUUGCUGCGGGGACGAGAUGGGGGAUGACUGUAACUGCCCCUGUGACAUGGACUGCGGCAUAAUGGACGCCUGUUGCGAGUCCUCCGAUUGUUUGGAGAUCUGCAUGGAAUGCUGCGGGAUCUGCUUCCCGUCAUGAAGUACUUAUCCCUUUUUGGUUUAUCCUCUUAAAAACUGGAGAGCUUUUCUUUAAAUACGUUUGAAGAAAGACAAGGUAAGAGUCUCACACAACCAACUGGUAUUGCACUGUUACUUCCUAUAUAUGAUUAUUUUUUUUUAAAGAAAAAGCAAUCCCUGAAACCUGUAUUCUGACAUAAAUUAUAUAGUUUUGUAUGUGAAACUCAAACUACAUUCCAGCUUCCUUUUGGCUUUGUAAAAGGGAGAGUUUACUGGAACUGAAUUAUAAGCCUGAUACUGCAGGUUGUACAAGGGCAAAUUUGCCAUUUGAGUUCAGUCACAGGUUUUGGUCAGAAAAAAGACUACAGG